AUGAUGAAUCUUCAAAUGAUAGUGUAUUGGAAUGUAAUUUCCAUUCAUUUAGUGUAUUACGCCUACUUGCUGAGAUAAAGAAUGAAAUUGGUACCGGUAAAUGUGAUCUGACUACCCAGGCUGGGACUUCUUAUGCGAAAUAUUAUACUCAAGAAAAAAAUGAGGAAUUGCUCAAAUGGUGCAACUGGCCGUCUUUUAUCUUAUGCUUAGCUAGACCUUGGGUGUGUGUUUUAGAAGCGGUGUAUGUUGAGAAACCCAUUGUAGAUCCCUUAACGGACCUCAUACCUCUCAUUCCUACAAACAUUCGAGAUCACGCAGAGCGACAUUAUAAUCAGAGAGCACACGAGUUGUGUAGCGAAAUUGGAAAAGCACUAAAAUUACUCUAUAUAAGCAAAAAGGUGGUGUAUAGUUUUUAUAUGGUCGUGAUAGAUUAUGUUAAGGCCAAGCCACUUUAUAACUGCAAUAAUUCACUUAGUAAUGAUGAAUGUAAAAUGGUUUUCGAGAAUAUUGAAGAAGCUAUCAGCAAAUUGCAUAAGAAAAAUAUCGUUUUUGCUGACCUCUGUGAUUCCAACAUCUUGGUUAACAAAUCUCAAGAUCAAUAUCAAGGAAUGUUAAUAGAUUUCGAUUGGGCUGGUGAGGAAGGAAUUAAGUGCUAUCCAUUUUUCAUGAAUGAAGAUAUUAAUUGGCCACCAGGAGCUGAGAAUAGAAAGAAACUGAGUCAGGAAUAUGAUAUGCAUUGGUUGAAGUUAUUAAAAUCUAAUUACUUAGAUAAAAGUGUAGAGCUCGAAUGA